CCUUGGUCUAACACGAGCACUCGACAACCAGCCUCGUCGUCGACGCUCAGGGGCAUCUUCUACCACAAUGUGUAUUAUGGUUUCAAGCGCAUAUGCCGUGCUUCAGUUGAUCACAGCGACAUAACGAUUUAUCUUUCCAUCAGGCGGAUUCGGUUUUCAUCGUGCACGGACACGCAUCACCGGUUGGAACGGCCUUCGAUGCGCCGGAGCCGACGAACAUGAACUCGACGGCCGAUGGACCAGCGCAGGACGUAUCAAGUGAUGAGUCCAAGCAUUCCGAGCACUCGCCGCCGUCUUCACCACAACAGCGCACCGUUUCCUCGGAUCACGAAUCCGAUCCAGCUCAGGAAGAGCGACCCCCGCCCUUGCCCCCGCGCCCGAAUACAUUACGCCUUUUGGACGAAGGAGAGGCCUCGAUACGGAUUUCUCGCCCUGGAGCACCUACGAAUCUGCAGUCUAGGGCCACAACGGCCGUCUCCUUGACGGACAUUGGUUGCCACGAUGCAGGGAAUGAGAGUCACGUUGUGCGGCAGGUUUCAGAGACGCUGAGGGCGAAGGCUAGUCUUAGUCAUUUGACUAGCUCCAGGGGAAGCGAGACUGCGGACACCUCAAGUGUGAGGAGCUCAGGACCUCAAGGAGAUAUAGGCGAUGUGGAGAACGUCUUUGGUGAUUUCGUCGCAACCGAUACCGGUCUUAUCCGCAAGCAUAGCACGGGACUCUUGCAGUUCCCGGAGUUUCGGACGGAUGACGUGGAGGAUGAUUUCACAAGCGAGUUUGAGCCCGUGGGAGAUGUGGGUGAGGAGGGGGAAAAGGAAGAGCAAGUUCUUGCAAACUGGAAGGCUAAGCGAAAGCACUACCUGAUACUCUCGGCUGCUGGUAAGCCGAUAUGGACGCGACAUGGCGACGGGGGACUUAUAUCUACAUAUAUCGGUGUCAUUCAAACGAUCAUCUCGUUCUAUGAGGGCGCCAAGGCCCCUCUGAGCAGCUUUUCCGCAGGGGACACCAAGUUUGUGAUUGUAACCAAGGGCCCACUAUAUCUUGUAGCCAUCAGUCGGAUGCUCGAGAGUGAUACGCAACUCAGACUGCAAUUGGAAGCCCUGUACAUGCAAAUACUGUCUACGCUGACUCUGCCAUCUCUCACUCAUCUUUUCUCUGUUCGCCCUUCGACCGAUUUGAAGCGACCGCUUCAAGGAUCGGAGACACUGCUGUCCACUUUGGCUGAUAGCUUCACCAGAGGAUCUCCUUCUACCCUACUCUCGGCGUUGGAAUGCCUGAAAAUCCGCAAGUCCCACCGCCAGGCCAUCAACAACACUCUGCUAAAGACAAAGGUUAGCAGCCUGCUCUAUGGCUUAGUAGUUGCCGGUGGUCGGCUCGUCAACGUUGUUCGACCCAAAAAGCACUCCUUACAUCCUGGGGACCUACAACUCCUCUUCAACAUGAUCUUCGAGGCCGAGGCUGUCAAAGCCGGUGGCGGCGAAAGUUGGAUUCCCGUCUGCCUCCCAGGGUUCAACAGCAGCGGGUACCUGUAUAUGUACGUCAGUUUCCUCGAUCUCCGAGAUGAGGGAACCACCGCGGACGACACAACCACCAAGGAAGAAUCUGUGGCAAUCGUCUUGAUCAGCGCCGACAAGGAAAGCUUUUUCGAAUUGCAAGGCAUGCGCAACGCGUUCAUCGAGCAAAUGGAGAAAAACGGGAGCAUUAAGAUCAUCAAAGAAGCCAUUGACAGAGGCCGUCCCAGCCCCACGGACAUCGUCCCGGGCACUGUCAUACACCACUUUCUGUAUAAGUCCCGGGCAAAUGUCCAAUUCACCAUGUCUUCCUACGACCCGGAAUUCUCAACCGUGUCGCGACGUCGAAGACUGAUGUCAACCUACAAUAACCUCCACGCCAGCAUCCAUGCCAAACAUACACAUGUGAAGGUCCACCAUUGCGUGUCCCAGUCGUCGAGCUCCUUCGCAUGGGUAACCUCAUUGUUUGAGCUCUACUGCGUGGCAGGCGCGAAUGCGAAUCGCAAUGCCUUGGCUCAGAGCGCGAGUAAGAUCAUCGAUUGGGUGCGACAAGAAGAAGAGCGGCUUUUCAUCAUUGGCGGUGCAGUUUUUUGAGCGACAUUUCCCUCCCCCCCUUUUGACGGCGAAGGCGGAAAGGAACCAUAGAACACGACCGUCUCAGCCCCGCAUACAGAUUAUGUAUAUAGACUGACAACUGGUAUGUGUACCACGCACAUACUAGGACUCAUGCCGCUUGAUGUUGUCUCAAUGCAAUGAAGACGCCAGCUACAAUGAAGAUGGAGAGACGAUCCGGCUAUUCUAGACGCCCUGUCUGGUAACAUGCACCGCUAAAUCCUUUUGUAUGCACGAGUCUUAGUCAAUGGUAUCCUCCCU